UGGGUCAUCUCCCAGUAUGCCUGCUUUUCGUACAAGCUUACUACAGUCCCGCUGUUCGAUACUCUUGGAGAGGAGGCUUUGCUUUACAUCUGUAAACAGACUGAGCUCUCGGUGGUGGUAUGUGACACAGCAGUCCAGGCCCUAAAGUUAUUGAACUUGGCCGAUACCAUUCCAUUUGUAAAACACCUUGUCAUAAUGAACUCUGGCGACGAUCUCACUGCACUCAAGGCAAGAGCUGGAGAUGCUAUUCAAGUCUUCACAUUUACAGACAUUCUGGCUCGUGGUGAGGCUUCCCCUCUGGAGACAAUGGUAAAUUAA